CACACAUUCACUGUCAUCUACACAAACGCACACACACGCUGCGCCAGACCUCUUUGUGUAGUCCGCCUGCCGCUUCCAGCGCUACUCUGCCUUUCAGGAGGCGCGCAACAAGACCUGUUGGAUGUUACUGAAAGCAUUUGGUUGGCGUGCGGAGUUGACAAAAGUGUGGCUACUUUUAACGUUUUUUUCUCGCUCUCUUCAGUGACAUUUUACUUGACAAGCUUUUUGGGGACCUUUUUCUCACUUUUAGUGUUUAAUAGUAAAUUACUGGUUAAUUGCAUAUUACUUUUCCGAACCGUGCAGUUGGAUAAAAAUCAGUAUUUGAUGGACAAAAUGAAUGAUUCUGUGCAAUAACUCCAAAGGAUUUCAAGUGAUAAUCCCAGUGUGGCUUAUCCUCUUGCAGAGUGAAGAUGCACCUGAACAUGUGUGUACCGGUGGCACUGCUGACUCUCCUGUUGCUGACACUUAUAGUGCCCAUGGGCCAGGGCUGUCCAAGGAGCUGUAACUGCUACCAGGCCAGUGAAGUGCACUGUACUUUUCGUUCCCUGCUCACUGUACCUUCUGGCCUGCCUCUACACACACGCCGCAUAAAUUUAGGGUUCAACAGCAUCAGCAAUAUCUACGACAGUUCUCUGGCUGGGCUAAAGAAGGUGGAGCUUCUGAUGCUCCACAGCAAUAACCUCCACCAUCUCCCAGAAGCAGCGUUCAGAGAUAUGAAAUCACUACAGAUACUAAAGCUGAGCUAUAACAAGCUGAGAGAGAUCUCUUCAUCUCUGACCUUCUCUGGCCUGACCUCACUGCUGCGUCUGUACUUGGAUCACAACCUCCUCCAACACAUUCACCCCCGGGCGCUGCUCCAGCUGCCUAGCCUCAGGCUGUUGCGGCUGCAAGGGAACAGGCUGCAUCAGCUACACCCUCACACUCUGUGCACACUGUCCCUGCUGAAUACAUAUUACUUCUCUACACUCAGACACCUAGACCUGUCCAACAACAGUAUAACCACUCUGCCCAGAGAGACCUUUGCAACAGCACCUCUGCUGGAGACUCUUGUGCUGCAGGCUAAUCCGUGGAGUUGUGACUGUAGGAUGAACUGGUUUCUCACUUGGAGUCUGGCUCAUCCAGGUUUAAUGAAAUGUCCCAGCAGCCCUCAGUGUCCAAUCUGCUCCUCGCCCAAUUCCCUUCAAGGUCAGGGCUUGCUUGACCAGAAUGACCUACCAUGCAGCUUGCCUGUCAUCCCCUCCCCAGGAAGAGACACACCUUUGGAGACAGAACUCAGUGAAAUCCAAUCAAGUAUAUCCUUUAGAGAGCCUUUAGGCACCGCCUCUCUGAGUCUGUCUGACCAACAGGGGGGCAGUGUUGAUCUGGGUUGCAACAUUACUUACUCUUCUGAGUUCCAGGACAUUGCUCAUCCUCCAGAUCUCUCCCUUUCCUCCUCUUCACCUCUCCCCCUUGCUCUGUCACUCUCCCUGGAGUGCCCUGUGGAGACACAGAGCUAUGAGAAACUUUGGAGGAUCCUAGCUUACUACAGUGAAACUGCAGUUCACCUGGAGAGGGAGAUCAUGCUGAGUAAAGCCCCGGCAUUGGCAUACCGCUACAGACAGGCAGCAGAGACAGACGGAUACUAUCACACUGGAGUCAAAGCUUCUGUUAAAGCCAGACCACAAUGGUUGCUACAGCCAGCCAUUAGCCUACAGCUAAACAGAGCACAGUCUAACGGACACAGAGUUCAACUUAUAUACUCAACAAGAGUUUCCGCUCAUCCGGACCCUGCUUCUCAUUCCUCAACAUCCUCCCUUGCCUCCCACCCCUGGGUGCUGAUUUCAACUAAUCAUACCACCACUGCACUGGCAACAAUAGCAGGAAGUAAGGUGGAGCUAUCAUGCCCUCUUUUAAGUUCUGGUAACCCCAAAGUACAGUGGAUUCUCCCAGAUGGAUCUAAGCUCAUGUCCCCUUCAAGCAGCCUAGAUGGCAGGCUCCGGGCAUCAGCCUUUGGUUUACUUCUACACAAGGUACAGCUCUCAGAUGCAGGGAUUUACUACUGCAUAGCCAGGGCAGGUAGGGAUGUAAAUGUUCUCCCACUGUGCCUGGCAGUUGAGGAGUCCUCUGUUCCGCUUUCAGGGGAGCAGGUGGGACCUCCUGUUACCGGAAACAUUGGGGAAACUGUCAGUCUUAACUGCAAUGCAUCAGGUUCACCAGCGCCUCAUAUAAAUUGGUUGUUACCAGAUGGAAACAUAGUAUGGCGGGGAUUAGCUGUAUCAGGUGGGCUUACAAUGCAAUCAAAUGGGAGUCUCUCUCUGCCUAAUCCUUCUCUGAGGGAUGCUGGUCAUUACCGCUGUAUUGCCAUCAACCAGUUUGGCAGUGUCUCUCUGUCCAUACAGCUGGAGUUAAACUCACAACAUCCCCCCCCACUUAGGACUUCAUUUCCUAGAGGGCCACAGUCAGCCGCUGGUCGGUCAACCAAGAUACGAGCUCCAUUGCUAUUGGAGGAAGGAUCCGGUAACGAAGAGGAAGAAGAAGGAGAGAUACGUUUUCUUGACAAUAGGAAGCGUCCAAGACCUCUCCGACCUCCCUCAAACAGACGUUAUCCAAUCCAAAAACCUAGAAAACGUGGACCUAUGAGAAAAGGGCCCCUAAGAAAAGGAGGAGGACCUGUUUUAUCCACUGACCAGAGAAGAAACCGCUUUGAGUACAGACAUAGAGUUACCACAAACAAACAAAGGAUAGACCCUCAUAAAUGGGCUGACCUCCUGGCUAAGAUACGACAAAAGACUGUUCACACUAAUAACAGUCACAACAUUGCAGUCGGGAAGCCCACAGCUGAACAAGUAGGAGGAGUCAAAGGUAGUGACACAGGAGGACACGAGGGAAAUGAUGAUACAAAGACAGGUGGAGCUGAGGGAGCAGGGGUGGAAGCAGAAACUGAAGGGUCAUCUGUUGAUGACACUGAUCUACAAGAGGAAGGCCUGCAGCCCAUUCCCGCUGUUCACACAGAAAUGCAAACACACACAGAGAUGAAAACAGAAAUUGAAACAGACACACAGAUAAAGACAGAGACGUCCACAGAAACACAGACAGAUAUAGAGAACGAGACAGAGACACAUUUACAGACAGAGAAAGCAUAUUCGCAGAUAGAGACAGUGACAAACCCACAGACACAGAAAGAGCAAGUCACAUCUAUGCCAAUCUCUGGAACAAAUGAAAUUGUCCUAGAACCAGGGGAAGGAGAUGAGCAAGAAGCAAACACCAACUCAUCUAGAACCAGGCCUCCAAACACUUGGCAGGGACUCUUUCCUAAUUUAGUUCCAAACUCCCAGCCACAAAGCCCUUGGAACUCUCGCAGAAAGAUCGGACAGCGAAGACGAAUCAUCAACAGGCCCAGGGGACGACCUUUGACCCCACCUCCACCUCUCCCUGACCCUAUGAGCACAAGAUUACAAACUGCAACACCUGACACUAACACACAUCAAAAAAAUAUGUUGUUGGUGUCAUCAACGACCACAUCUUCAGCUAUUUUGUUGAUAGAGACUGAUCGUAUUAGGACUGCUUCGAGUCAUGUCACACUAAAUCUUCUGUCUCCUGCUGUUUCUAAUGCUCAUGAUAUCUCUUCUUCAAAAUCUGCCCCGCCCUCAUUGACUUCCUCUUCCUCCUCUCUCACUUCAAUAUCCCCCUCUUACACAAAGGUACAUAUAGACAUGGGGACUCAGUCAGCCACCAUCCAAGAAACUGCAGAGUCCACUAUUUUCAACACACCUACACCAGCCCCCACUCACUCGGAUACUGCGAUCACACAGACAAAUGUGCCACACACUGACGCCAGGACACAUACACAUAACGUCCAGACACACAAAAACACACACACAGCCUUAGGCAAACACAAUGAUAAACCUCCAAGCAAACACAGUGAAGAGCUGGAGAGGAAAUUGUCGGGUGUACCAUAUGUGUCCACCUCUCUCUUGCCCAUUCCCUCCUCGAUUGUUUCCACCACAGUCCCGAGUGUGGCUACAACUACUACUGCUGGAAGCAUGAGUAUGUAUAUUUCUAAAGCUAGUGAGGACACACUUCUCACAACAACUGGAAGUACUCCUAUGACUACAAGUCCCACCAUGACUACUGCAACUCCCAAUAUUAUCCCAACAUUUAGCACUACCAGAAGUACUACAACUACUCUUACCUCUACUACUAGAACAACUCCUAUUCUUAAAACUACUACUCCCACUAUCACCUCUUCAACUAGCUCUUCUCCUACUACUUUUACUACUACUACUAGUAGUAAUACUAUCUCAUUAAAAUCUAUUCUGACAACUCCUAACCCCACUACUACUGCUACUGCUACUACUACUAUGGCUACUAAAACUACUACUCCUACUUGUAGUACUAGAAUGGCCAUCUUAGCCAAAACAUCUACAACUACUACAAGGGCAGCUACAACCAGUGCAUCUUCUACUACUACCACAACAAUGACAUCAACAAGUACCACAGCAUCGUCCAGAGAGAGGCCAAGUGUUGUCCAAGUUGAUCCCAGAGGGAGGCCUGUUUCUGGGGGUCCAAACCAGAGUCGAUCUAAAGACUGGAAGAACCCAGGAACUAAUUCUAUUCCUGAUUCACACAGCAGAAGGCCGCACUGGCCCCCCACCCCUUUGCUCCCUGCUGCCCCUGGGGUACCAGUUGUGAAAUCCAGACCGAGGAUUGCAGACCCACACAUCAGGACAGUGUUGUUCCCAGCAGAGAGCACUGCCAGGCUGGCUUGUGAGGCUCAAGGAGAGCCGAAUCCCACCAUCACAUGGACCAAGGUUGCCACAGGAGCAGUGAUGUCAAUCCAAUCCAGGGCUCAGCGUUUUGAGGUCUUGCAAAAUGGCACCCUUGUUAUCCAGAAUGUUCAGCUGCAGGACAGGGGCACCUACAUCUGCAGUGCACACAACUUUCUGGGACGCGACAGAUUGCUAACCACCCUGGAUGUGUGGACCCGCCCCCCUCGGAUGCAGCUGGCCAGCUACAGAGAAGCUACCAUUCAUCAGGGUGGAGAUGUGCACUUGGAGUGCCUGGCGGAUGGCGUUCCAAAGCCUCUGGUCUCUUGGGUUCUGCCUGACCGUUCUGUCCUGACCUCUACUGCGCCCUCAACCAGUCACAUUACUAUGGACACAAAUGGAACCCUUCAUAUGUCAGUAACGUUACCUAGAGACAGAGGAGUGUAUCGCUGUGUGGCCUCCAACUCAGCAGGUGCUGCCAGUGCCUCUGUGCGUGUACAUGUGUCCUCGUUGCCCCCGGUGAUACAGCAACCCAGAGAGGAACACCUGCUCUUGUCUCCAGGGAGGCCUGUUUAUGCUCACUGCUCUGCCCGAGGUGCCCCGCCACCAACUCUACGCUGGCGAAUCCCAGAUGGGACUCUAGUUCGGCCAUCCCAGUUUCUCCAUGGCAACCUUUUUGUCUUGCCAAAUGGCACACUGCAUAUUCGAGGAGUUGGACCCAAGGAUUUAGGGAAUUACGAGUGCACAGCAAGUAAUGCUGUUGGAGCCGAUAAGAGAACAGUGAGGGUAGAAAUUGAAGGGGGAGCACAAGGAGAGCAGCAACAGGGAGGAGCAAGAAAUGAAGAAGCAAAAGCCAUUACUACUGUAAAAACUCCUUCAUCUUCAUUUUAUAAAGACAGAAGUUUGUCCAUCCCCAAACAUCCCUCAAAUAUAUUCAACUCCACUAGACUCUCCCCUUCAUCACCAUUGGAUAGAGCCAGGUCCUUGUCGAUGUCUCCUAGUUCUUCUCGCUCAUCAUUUUACCCUCACCAAACCAAUUCCUCUUACUCACCUCCUAAAGUCAAUAAAACGGUCACUGCCCCCCCCACACACUUGACCAGCAUCAACAAAACAAAACUAUCCUCUGUUUCCCCACCCUCCACAGUGCCUAAGGAUAACACCCAAGUCUUGCCCGGCAUUAUAAACAACACAGGAGUUACUUCUUCUCCCUCUGACAAAAGCAAAGCCUCAGCUGCUCUGCGUCCCCGGCCUGCCUCUCCCUUCAGUAAAGCCCAUAUUGUCUCUGUGUCACCCUCCAUUACUACUGUCCAAUAUGGGGGGGGUUUGCAGCUCCACUGCUCUGUAACUGGCUACCCAUCACCUAUCAUCAUUUGGAGGACCCCCAACAGGAAACUGGUGGACAUGCACUUCAGUUUUGACCGACGUCUGAAGGUGCACCCGAAUGGCACCCUGUCAGUUCAGGCAGUAACAGAGAAGGAUGCCGGAGACUACCUCUGUAUCGCGCGCAACAAGGUCUCAGAUGAUUAUCGCCUCCUGCGUGUGUCUGUAGUUACCAAGCCUGCCAAGAUCGAGCCCAAGCAGCCACUCAAUCAGAUGGUGUCAUUUGGCAAACCACUGAAGGUGGACUGCCUGGCAUCAGGACUCCCUGACCCAGCUGUCCGUUGGAGCCUACCAGAUGGAACCAUGGUGAACAGCGUGUUGCAGGGGGAAGACAGAGGAAGGCAAGCACGGAGGUUAACUGUGUUUGACAAUGGGACAUUACUGGUUCCAGCAGUGGGUGUGGGAGAAGAGGGAGAAUACACAUGUUAUGCUGAGAAUCAAGGAGGUCAAGACACUAUGAAGGUCAAAGUAAAGGUCAUGAUGACAUCUCCACCAACGUUCACUGGUAACAGAAGCCACCACAUCAUCAAAGUACAUCAUGGAGCAACCGCCACAAUUCGCUGCCAGGCUGCAGGAAUUCCCACCCCGACAGUGACAUGGCUUUCCCCGUCACGACGUGUCAUUCCACAAAGUUUGGGAACUGGUUUUUAUUCUGAGCGGGUUGUGGUGGUUUCAGAUGGAACUUUGGAGGUUCGUCUGGCUCAAAAGAUCGACACAGGAAACUAUACAUGCCGAGCAAGCAACUCAGCCGGGGAGACGAGCAUGGUGGUGGGCUUGGAGGUGGAGGCUCCCACUCAUGGAUUGAGUGGACAUGUGGGAGGAAGAGGUUGGAGUAGUAGCAACGGGCCUGGAAGGGAUCAUAACAGUCAAUCAAGGGAUAGCAUUAGUAAUGCAGGGAUAAACCAGUUUGGAUUUACCAAUAGAGACACAAGUAAGCUUGGUAGCCAUAACAGCAGUAAUAAUGGCUAUAGUGAUCAUAAUGGCCGGAUAAGAAACACUGUACCAAACGCUGGAGCUAACAUAGCAACCAGCGGCUUUAAUCCUGCCAUUAGGAGUGAUAGUCGAGAGGGAUUGAACAGGCCUUUUAGUGGAAUUACAACACAACUUGGUAGCAGUGUAAUUGGUGUUGGGGCGAGCGUGGCUAGAAAUAUAGGCAUUAAAGCAAGUAAUAGUGGAAUGAAUCUAAAUGGACCUGGCAUUAUGAGUAAUAGUAACAGUCCCAGCGCAGUUAGAAAAGAUGGUGUAGAAAGGAAUCCUGGGACUAACAAUAAUGAACUCAUUCUACGACAGACUAGUAAUGAUGCUAACACCAGUAGAGACAAUGGCAGGAGAAGUGGUACUUCCAGAAAUGUUGGAGUUUUUGGCAGCAGUGUGUCUAAUUAUGGAGCUGGUACUGGCACAUUCAGAGGAAAUGCAUUUAGUAGUAGUAGUAGUAGUAGCAGUAGUAGUAAAACUAGUACUGGCAUAGCUGCUAGUAACACAGGUACUAAAAACUCUACUAACACAGUUGUGGGUGUGGUAACUACAGUGAAGCAGAAGGCGGUGAAAGGCCAAACUGUUCUUUUGCCAUGCCCCUCCCAAGGCUCCCCUCCCCCCCAUCUGGCCUGGCUUCUGCCUGGUAAUAGCGUGUUGCCAGCUCCUUACUAUGGCAGCCGACUUACUGUACACCGAAACGGCUCCUUGGAGCUGCGAGGAGUGCGAGGCAGUGAUGGCGGGACCUUAGUAUGUGUGGUAAGAGGUGAGAGAGAACAGACAAGGAUACAGGUGGAGCUGGAGGUCUUUGAGCCACAGGAAGAAGCCAGAUCUCCACAAAGGGUAAGGCCCUUGCAGGAAAGUGCUGGUUUAAUAGAGGUCCCUUAUUCAGGAAUUUCAUUGGAUUCAACUCAAUCCUCAAACUCAAGGCCAGUGUUGCCUGAGACGCUACAUCCAAGAAUAUCAGUUACUCAAAAGCCCCUUAACAGGUCACAGUCUUUACCUGCUGGACCACGUCCAAUUGUUCCUCCAGAGCCAGCAGUGAGCACUAGAACAGCUCCCUUAGUGAGCAUCGUUAACGGAGAGACCCUUCGUUUGCUUUGCCCUUCUUCUCACAGCCAUGGCUCUCUCUUAUGGACCAUGCCCAGCGGCAAGGUACUGUCCCGGGGUGAGAGUGGGGAGUCAGGCCGAUAUCUAGUCCAAGAGGAUGGAACACUAACAUUACAACAGGCCUCCGUGUUUGACCGUGGCACUUACACCUGCAGGUCCACCACAAAAGACUUCUCCUCAGUUUCGGUCGUCACGGUUCCCGUCAUUGUCAUUGCCUACCCCCCACGCAUCACAACAGGCCCCUCCCCAUCGACCUACACGCGAUCCGGGGUUGCGGUGGAGCUGCCGUGCCUGACAAUAGCAACACCCCGGGCAACAAUCACCUGGGAAACACCAGACCUGACACAGCUGAGGGUGAUGGGUCAAGCUCGUAUCUAUGGCAACCACUACCUUAGCCCUCAGGGUUCCUUGGUUAUACAACACCCAACAAAUAGGGAUACAGGAUUUUACAGAUGCACCGCCAAAAAUGUAAUAGGAGUGGACACCAAAACGACUUACCUGCAUGUCAUAUAACUAGGUGAAGCAAAUGCACACACACACACACACACACACACACACACAGCUGUUAACACUGUAUGUGUUCAUGUGUUCCACAUGCCCAAAAGAACUGCAAGGCUCUGUGCAGGAGGUACUGAUGAAUCUCAGAAAAGACACUACUAAUAUACAGGUGUAUGUCUCAUGCAUGUAUUUUUAACGUAUGAGUUGUUUUUUCUUUACUGUAUUUCUUUACAGGACAAUGACUUACGAGAUUCUCUGCAGACACAGCGUCGGGCAUUUUUUCUCUGUAUAGACGAAUAGAAUGUUUGAGGGUUGUUUCAUGUAGCUGGCAGUACACCCUUAACCUGUUGUGCUGAAUUGUCUGUCUCAGCGGCCUAAAACCCAUUUUGAAUUAAUGAUCAAAGAAAACAAUUAAAAUUCACCGCAAAGUUGGCAUCUGGUUUCCCUGCCUUGUGUUAAAGUGAAGUUCUUGGCAAUAUGGACAAUUUCCCCCUGUAAAAAAAUGCAGCUUUUGAAGUCUACUUUUUUCGAUCUCUGCGCAUGUAAAAUCAUUUUGAACUAAGUAUUGAAAGAAUCCCAGCCUGAUUGCUUUAUUUCAUUAAUCAAUGGAUUCAUACACUAACAAAACACACAACACAUAAUCCCACAAGGCUGUUUGUCAACAACUGUCUACAGGCACAUUAUUAUUCAAUAUCAUGACAGAUAAUUUAAUCCUGUUUGAUCUUGGAUUAUUUUUAUAAUAUAAAAUAAAUGCUGCAAAUUGGACCUUCAUUCCCCAAAAUACUUCCCGUACCUUAUUACUGUAAUUAUGGACAUACCUUUUUAUUUUAUUUUUUAUUUAUAAGUUACAUAUUAGCAAAAGGGUAGGAUUGUGUUGUUGUAAUGAAUAUAUAGCAAACAGUAAAUUAAAGCGGCAGCUUUAUUUGCAUUAUACUGCUUGCACAUUACAUUGAAUGUGUAACAGACAUGAGCAUCCAGUUUCAAGACAUUUUGAACUUUUAACUUUUGUCGGGACUUAUUUGUGGAUUUCAGAUCUUGAAAAAUAUUGUUGUACCACCAUCAAGUGCUACAUUCUCAUAGCAUUACUAGGUCAGGAUGAGAAACUGUACAACGCAUUUAUGUAAACACAAUACUCAGCUCUCUGAAGAGUCAUCGUUUGAUUAUUUUAUUAUAAAAGAUUGUAUAAAUGU